AUGUACCAGGAGGUGGCCUUCCUGGCAGGCAGCACUGAGCACCAGUUCACCACCUUCCACUUCAACCGAGUAGAGAACCCACAAGAGGUCACCUCCAAGAAGGGUGUGUUCUACAAGCGAGCCCAGCUCCUGCUCCACCCUCAGCCCCGCCAACAGGAUGGAGACGAGAUCGGCCUGGCUGACGGGGCAGCCAUUAUCAAUGUGGGGGGCAUCAAGUACCGCAUCCCCUGGUCAACGCUGGAGGAGUUUCCCUUAUCGAGGCUUGGAAAGCUGCGCAGCUGCAGCAAUGAGGCCGAGAUCAUGGACGUGUGUGAUGACUACGACGGCAGCCGCAACGAGUAUUUCUUUGACCGAAGCCCGUUGGCUUUCCGCACCAUUGUCACUUUCUUGGCGGCAGGUAAACUGCGGCUUCUGAGGGAGAUGUGCGCCAUGUCCUUCCAGGAGGAGCUGCUUUACUGGGGGGUGGAGGAGAACAACCUGGACUGGUGCUGCCUCAGGAAGCUGCGUCUCAGGCAGGAGGAGUACAAGGAGCAGCAGAGGCUGGACGAAGAGGAGGCCGAGCUCACGUCGCCGCAGUCCUGCGAAGAGAGCCAGCAGACUCCUGGAGUGGCAGCACUGGAAGAGACUCGUGUGGGGGGCUGCAUGCGGAGACUGAGGGACAUGGUGGAGAACCCCCACUCCGGCCUACCAGGGAAGAUCUUCGCGUGUCUGUCAGUGAUAUUUGUAGCCAUCACUGCUGUGACGCUGUGUGUCAGCACCAUGCCUGACCUCAGGGAGGAGGAGGAGAGGGGUGAGUGCUCCCAGAGGUGCUAUAACAUCUUUGUGCUGGAGACGGUGUGCGUCGCCUGGUUCUCCCUCGAGUUCCUGCUGCGAUUCAUUCAGACGCAGAGCAAGUGUAUGUUCCUGCGAACGCCUCUGAACGUCAUCGACGUGGUGGCCAUCCUCCCCUACUACAUCACCCUCAUCGUGGACUCUCUGUCGGUGGGAGGGAAACCUGUGGGAUCAGGGAACAACUACCUGGAGAAGGUGGGGUUAGUCCUCAGAGUCCUGCGAGCUCUAAGGAUCUUUUACGUGAUGAGGUUGGCCCGGCACUCCUUAGGCUUGCAGACGCUUGGUCUGACGGUGAGGAGGUGUACACGUGAGUUCGGCCUGUUGCUGCUGUUCCUGUGCGUGGCCAUGGCUCUUUUCUCCCCACUAGUGUUCCUAGCUGAGAGCGAAAUGGGCGCCAAGCAGGAGUUCACCAGCAUCCCCGGGAGCUACUGGUGGGCAGUCAUCUCCAUGACCACGGUGGGCUACGGAGACAUGGUGCCCAGGAGCAUCCCUGGCCAGGUGGUGGCGCUCAGCAGCAUCCUGAGCGGCAUCCUCCUCAUGGCCUUCCCCGUAACGUCCAUCUUUCACACCUUCUCUCGCUCCUACGUGGAGCUGAAGGAGGAGCAGAACCGGGCGCUGAGGCAGAAGCCGGACUCGCAGGACAGCACCAAGUCCCAGAACAGCGAGGACUCUCAGGAGACGGACAGCUACCACGGCAUCACGGACGCCACAGCCUCAGCGUUGCAGCGGAGGAAGUCCUUGGCUGCUCAGAGGGCUGCUGAGAUUAGAGCGGCCAUGCAAACUUAGCUGCUCCGACUGUCUAUCAGUGUUCAAGUGGCAGCCUGGGAGGCCGUGACACCCAGCGCUGGGACUGAAAAGAUGACAGGACUGGGAACAGGGAGGAGAUUUUCUUCUCUGGAGUUUGAGGUCUCAGCUUUGAUCAUGUGAAGUGCUUGAGCACCAAAGUGUGUCUGUGUUUCCUAAGUUUUCCAGAGGAGCUGCAGAUUUGACUUUAAAAGAUGGCUAACAGUACAAUAUUCACGAUUUAACAACUCAAGUCAAAUGAGAUUGAAAAACUGACAAAGACAGCACUGUCACUGACUGCGAUUCAGACUUGAGGUAAGUCUGUACAAAAGGGAACCUAACACCAAACCAUGACACGUUGUUAUUCAGACCUCAGACUAAUAAUUCAUGUUCCUUGUGUAGCUGCAUUUGAGAGGAUUAUGUCGAAUAAAGGUGAGAUGUCAGACAUGCAGGUUAUUAUUGAUGUGAAAUAUCAUCUCCAUUCACUCUGUAUUGUAUUUGGGCAAACCAAAUAACUUAUUGUAGGUGGGUUAUAUAAGUGUCAUACAUGUACACAAUGAUGUCAUCAUAUUUAUUUGCAAUAAAGCAGAGCUAAUUAAUCUCCAAUGUAAUAACACAAAACUGAUGAAUCUGUCAAAGGGCUAUACAGUGUGUUGGGAAGCGUUAAGAGGGUUGAUACCACUCUCAUCUGUCUCUAAUAGCUCCUGUGCUGAUGCUUCAGAAGAAUAGUUUGACAUUUUCUUUGCCCUUUUGCUUAGAGUUAAAUGAGAGGAUUGCUACCACUCUCAUAUCUGUGUGCUAAAAAGUACGCUACAGCCAAGGAUAUCUUAGCUUAGCACAAAGUCUCCACUGGUUGCCUGGCAACCGCAGAGUAAGGUCAGGAUUUCAGCACAAAUUUGUCGUUUUUUACGCUUCAGUUUUUGUACAGAUUAAAAAAACUUGAUAUAACAUGGCUUUACAUGUGCUGGUAGUCUGGUCUCUUUUAGCUUUGGAGUGAGCCAAGCUAGCUGUUUUUGCUUUAUUCAAAGCUAGGCUAACCAUCUUAGCUUUAUUUACUGUAAAGAUUUGAGAGUGGCAUCAAUCUUCUUGUGUAAUUCUUGGCAAGAAAGCAAAUAAUUGUAUUUCUCAAAUUGUCGAAUUAUAACACAUGACGUGAUAACCGAUCAUGUACAACUAGAACUGUGUGAAGAUAACCAUUUCAGAAUUUAGAAUUGGUUUUCUAUGUGAACAUCCUUUCCUGGCCUGGGGACUGGUAGUUAGAAACUCAAGGACCACUUACUGGCUUUCUUCAGAGCUUGUAACCACAUCUCUUAAACAGCUAACAGAGUUUACUCAGUUGUAAUGGAUUGGGCUCAGCAUGUGACAUAAAUAAAGACACUUAAGAUGAAGAAGAAAACUAAUAAGGUGUAUGUGACAUGACAAUUGUGGGGAACUCCAGGGUUUGGUUGUUGCCUUGCAAAAAAUACAAUGCUAGUCUGUUUGUCCAACUGCCAAAACUGUUAUGAAAUCUGGUCCAGCUGUUUAUUUGCUGGGCUAUUCAGCAUCCAUGGAAGAUGAAUCGUAGGGAUUUUGGUGCCCCCUUACACAAUGUGUCACUGUAGUAAACUGCAAGUUUGCAUUUUCUUCAUUUUUGGAUAUGAUAUUGUGAUUACUUACUAUCUUUGAUGAUGAUGAAUGGGCACAGGUGGCGUUAUCAGUGUGACAAAUUGAGAUUACAGUAUAUUGGUGGCUGAAAAAAAAAUCUUUAAUCUACAUUAAACAAGUCAGAGAAGCACUCGCCAAAAGGUUCAUUCUUGUCAAAAGAGGCUGACCACCACCCUCGGGCUGUGAAGACGAGAGACCUGAGAUGUUUAAGUCUAACCCCAUUUCAGGAGUUGCAAAUACCUUUCACAGUCUUACAUGAUUUCCUCAUAUAAUUGCAAAUACAGAACUUCAUUUUCUUUGGCUUAAGGGCCUUGUACUUUGAAGUGACACAUUAAAAAACCAUUUCCGCAAAUUGUUGUCAAGUUGGAACCAAUCAAUGCAGUGUAAGUGCUUGAGAGUGCAAAUUAGGUUGAGAUAUUUUUAAUAUGCCACACAGAUUGGAAGGAUCUGUUUAGUCUGCCAACUCUGAAUCGCAGUCACUGUAUUAACUGAAUCAUUAAAAAGCAUGAAAAUAUCACACUGAACACUCUUAAAACUAUUAUAUCUACAAUAUAUGAAAUUAUUGUUUUGAUGAGGAGCGGAUGUUGCAAUGGGACAUCAUUUGAAUAGAAACCCAAUUUAAAUGGAUUUGUGCUUUGCCUCAUGAAUCAAUAGCCUGAGGAACAGCUUCUUUUGAAAAAUGUAAUAAAGA